UCGUGGCGGAUCAUAAAGUUUUGAUAGUCGGAGACCUUAAUAUCUAGCCUAAAAAAACAAUAGCGAAAAGGGAGAGGUCGUGAAAUACUAGACUAAAAACCUUUGUAAGAAGGUAAUUAUAUUUCCUAAAAUACCCGUGACAUCUAACUACGCUAUUAUUACGGAAUCUUUCGCCUACGACUCUGAAGACCUUGUCAGCGCCACAGAUAGAGAUUUAAUUGUGACAACUGGAGAUGUGCAUUCAUCGUUUGGCAUUUCUACUGUUUCUUCAUGGACUGGCAUCCCUUUUUGUGCUGGGACAAGGAAGAGUGAAGAACCUUCACAUUCUAGGGUUAUUUCCCUUUCGUGGUGCAUUUGAUGCAGGACAUGGUAUUCGACCAGCAGUUGAGCUGGCUAUCGAAUAUGUUAACAAAAAUUCAAAAGUUCUUCCAGGAUAUCAACUGAAUCUUGUCGUGAAUGACACAGAGUGCAAUUCAGGAAAGGUCGUUGAAAUCCUCACAGAAAGGUUUUGUUCUACUACAACAUUGAUCACGAUUCUGGGUGCUGGAUGUUCAGUUGUCACUGAGGUUGUGGCAGAGACAGCAUAUUUGUGGAAUUUAAUAUCGAUUUCUUAUUCUUCAUCAUCAACAACUCUAUCGGAUCAAAAACAAUUUCCUGGCUUUUUUCGAGUGACUGUUUCCGAGAGCCAGAUGAAUUAUGCCCGUGUUGCUAUAGUGAAUCAUUAUAAAUGGACCAGGGUGGCAGUACUAUAUCAUUCAGAUUCAAUUUUUACAAAGAUGAUUAACAACAUUAAAAUCCUCAUGGAUGAAAAUAACAUUAUGAUCAAGAGGUUCCUAUUCAAAAAGGACUACCGCAGCCGUCUCCGCGAGCUAAAGAAAUUUGAUGCAAGAAUUAUCAUUGGUGGCUUUUACAUGGACAUAGGUAGACAGGUUUUCUGUGAGGUCAGUAUAAUUGAAAUCAUAUCUUACUGUUCCUGAACCCUGGC